GUGUUGGUGAGGAAAUGUCACAGAUGAGGAAUGAUACGGACGUGAAGUGUAAUUUGACAAAUGAAGUCACUGCUUAUUUUUCCAGCGACAUUCAGCAGAUUUUGGGAUUUUUGGGGAAAGUGGCAGAAGAGCUCAAGAAAAUGAAAAAAGAGGCUUGUGACUGCUGUCCCGCGGGCUGGAAAUUAGUUGGUUCCAAAUGCUACAAUUUUCAAAAAACUCUGGAAACUUGGGAGAGAAGUCGGGAGGAAUGUACGAAGAAUUACAGCGUUCUUCUGAUCCUGGACAACAAGGCUGAAUUGGACUCUCUGCGGCCCUUCCUGGAAGGAGAAAGAUACUGGGUAGGACUGCAGCGGGAAGCCCAGAACAGCAGUGGCUGGCGGUGGGUAGAUGGGACCCCUCUCACGUUCAGCGUAUGGAAUACAAACGAACCCAACAAUGCGAAAUAUAUUGAAGACUGCGCAGAAAUUUGGAACUACUCUCUAUCACUGAAUGACUACCGUUGUGACAUUAAGAAACCAUUCAUAUGUAAAGCUCCAUCCAAGUGCUGCUGAGAUACAAUUGUAGCGGAUUUAAAGUGUAAAAUGUAAAAUAAAAAUAAGUCUGUCUCCUAUCUGUAUGAUAUCAGCUUCCUCGCUGUUCCAGGAGUUCCAUGACAGUCCUAGGAGGUUAGGUUGGGGGGAAACCAAUUUUGUUUUUGCUUUGUAUUAUUUCCAUUAGACAUGUGCACUGCCAAAAAAAAAAUUGCUAAUUUUCG